CACGAGGGGGAUGUGGUGAUGGGCUGAGGGAACCAUUAUUCAAAUCGGAAGUGGCCUACAGUGGUCACAUCGGCUCAGAUCUUUGGGUAGUUCGCUUUGGCUAUCGUUGCCAGGACAGCGUGGGUGUUUGGAGUAGGAACUCCUCGUAUUGUGGGUGUCUGCGGGCGGAAGUCGCGGCCCUGGCGUGCCGCGCGCAGAGCUCUGGGAGGGUUUCCCGAUGUCUUUGCAAACCUCCAGGUGAGGCUGAGUCACCCACAUUGCCAGUUUUCCCAGCAUAACCCAGCUGACCUCUGCGCUGCAACUCUACGUGGAUCCUCCACAUGCUCAAGUAUCUUCAGAAUCCUGGGGAAACCAAAGACAGGCCAAGAGUAGAAACCACAGAGGACAUGCCUACUGACAUGAAUUUCUGCCAGAUGCCCCCGAGAUUAGAAGCUGAAGAGCAGAAUGGAUCGUGUGAGAGAUUGGUGUCGUUUGAUGAUGUCACCGUGGACUUCAGCCAGGAGGAGUGGCAGCACCUGGACCCUGCCCAGAGACGCCUGUACCAGGAUGUGAUGCUGGAGAUCUACAGCCACCUCUUGGCAGUGGGUGAAUUACAGCUUGACACACCACAUCAACAAACUUUUGUGAAAGCUUCGUUUCUAAGUGAUGCAUCCAGCGAAGUCGCAGGACAUGGCUCCUAUUGUUCCGUUUUAGAGAAACUGUGGCAGGAUAGCAAUACUACAGCAAAGACAGAUCAGCAAAGACAGAUCCCACCCGUCAGUCCUGGUGCUUUCCAGAAUCAGAAAACACCAAACAGAGACGGCGGCUGUGACUGUGAAGAAACUGGAGAGUCUGUUCUUUUGGGACCCCACCUCAUUUCUACACAAUAUGUACCUCCAAGGGGUUUCUCAUUGGCAAAAAGUCUGAAGCCUAACCUUGAAGCAUACAGUGACAAUCAAAGCAGUACCACAAAGCAGGUUAGUGACAUUGGAUCUCAUCAGUUUUUUACACAAGGCUCUUCUAACAGUGUGUGUACAAUUCCUCAUCACAGAGAGAACUCAUACAGUGAAAGUCAGUUUGGAAACGUUCUGUCUCCCAGUCUACCACUUAUGGAGCAUGAAAUUAAUUUUCAAGACAAAGCAGUUGACUAUACUGGAUGUGGCAAGGUCUUCACUGGUGAGUCAGCUUUCUGUCAACAACAAAUAACUAACAAUAUGGAGACGUCUUUUAUCUGUCACACAUGUGGGAAAACCUUUCUCCACAAGUCUAAAUUGACCUCCCAUCCAGACACUCAUAGAGAAGAAACACCUUAUGAAUGUCCUGACUGUGCAAAAUCACUUAGGAGUAUGUCCAGCUUGCAAGUGCACCGUGACAUCCACACAAAGGAGAAGCGUUAUGAAUGCCAUGUGUGUGGGAAAUCAUUCAGUUAUACAUCCCACCUAAAGGUGCACCUUCGAACACACACUGGGGAGAAACCUUAUGCAUGUUCUGACUGUGGAAAAGCCUUCAGCCAAAAGUCGGUCCUCACCAUACAUCAGAGAAUUCACACUGGAGAAAAGCCUUACACGUGCAGUGACUGUGGGAAAAUGUUUGUUUGUGCAUCAGAUCUGACAAAGCAUUGUCGAUUUCACACAGGGGAAAAGCCUUAUGAGUGCCCUGACUGUGGGAAAUCUUUCAGUAUUAAAUCUAACCUGCUUGCACACCAUCGAAUUCACACCAGUGAGGGACCUUACAAGUGCUUUGACUGUGGGGAGUCAUUCAGGAAAAUAUCCCAAUUGAAGGUCCAUCAUCAAAUUCACACUGAUGGUAGAUCUUUUGUAUGUUCUGACUGUGGGAUGGCCUUCAGCCAAAAGUCAGUCCUCACCACACAUCAAAGAAUUCACACUGGGGAGAAAUGUUACCCAUGUAGCGACUGUGGAAAGUUGUUUCUGUAUGCUUCAGAUCUGAAGAAGCAUUGUCGAGUUCACACAGGGGAGAAGCCUUACAAAUGCCAUGACUGUGGGAAAUCAUACAGUGUGAAAUCACACCUACAUGUACAUCAUCGAAUUCACACUGGUGAGAGACCUUACAAAUGUGAUGACUGUGGGAAGUCAUUCAGAAGAAACUCUCACCUGCAGAUGCAUCAGCAAACUCACACUGGUGAGAAACCUUACAAAUGCUCUGACUGUGGGAAGUCAUUCCGGAGAGCAUCCCACCUGAAGGUCCAUCACCGAAUUCACACUGGGGAGAAACCUUAUGUGUGUUCUGAGUGUGGGAAGGCCUUCAAUGAUAGGUCGGUUCUCAGCACACAUCAGAGAAUUCACACUGGAGAAAAGCCUUACAUAUGCAGCGACUGUGGGAAAGCCAUGUCUUCUAAAGCCAAUCUCAAAGAGCAUCAGCGAAUUCACACAGGCGAGAAGCCGUAUGUGUGUGCUGAGUGUGGGAGGGCCUUCAGUGAUAAGUCCUCUUUCUAUAGACAUUGUAAAAUUCACAGUAAGGAGAGAUCUUUUGUCCAUAACAAAGCAGAAAAGGGCUUCCUGCAGAAUUCACAAGUGACAUCCUAGGAGCAAACUCACAGUGCAGAGAAACUAUAGUGACGCUCUGUCUAUGGGAAGUCUGUCAUUGUUAUGUAUCAGCCGAAGGUGUAUCAUCAAGGUCACACGUAUUACCAUUACUGAAGCUGUGGGAUACUAUUGGCGCACCAUCCACACCAUACUGGGAAGAGACAUUAUUUGUGUUGUGAAUGCACCAAGUCCUUCAAAAUCAUGUCAUUUCAGUAGACUCGAGUGUUCAUACCAGGCAAUCUUCUUAAAGACACCUGAUCAUAUAAAAGAAUUCAUUGUAGAGUCAAUUCCUCAUCCCUCAUCAAAAUAUUCUUGGUUUUUAUGAAAAAAUAUUUUAUCACAGACCUAAGUAGGACUAGGGAGAUAUUACACUCAGUUGUUAAAUUCUUUGUCUUCUGGAUACCACAGGCACACACAUACACACAUACAUGCCACACACAAUACAUAUGCAAACCUAACUAUAAGCCAUAGUUCAUAGUUGAAAAAAAGUAUAGCUAUGCAUUGCUUGUUUAAACAUAUAAAUAAUUAUAUGUGAGAGAAUUAUUAAUGAACUUGUAGGAAGAAGCACAAAUAUUGUUUCCUUGCAUGAAGAAAUGUUGAUUGAUGAUUUGAGGUAAACCUUCUAUAGUUAAUGAUACAAAGUUUCUAGGCUAUAGGAAAGUUUGUUGGAAAUUACAUCAGUGGUUUCUCUGUUUAUUGUGGGAUACUAUUGUUUGUUUGUUUGUUUGUUUGUUUGUUUUUACAAGACGGGGUCUCACUAUAUAGUUCAGUUCAGGCUGUCCUAGAACUCACUAUAUAGACCAGGCUGGCCUUUAACUCACAGAGAGCUGCCGCCUCUGCCUCCCAAGUGCUGGGAUUAAAAGUGUGUGCCACUCUGCCUGGAUGGAUACUAAUAUUUUUAAAUGUCACAAAACAUUUCUCAUCUCUGUCUAGGAAAGGAUAUAAGUCCUGGACUUGUCUGUAGCAUGGUGGUCGGCAGACAAAGUGACCAGUUUUGACUUCCCAGGUCUUUCAAUUCCCAGGUCUUUCAAUGAAUUCUUCACCACCUUGUCCAGUCUCAGGUACUUAUAGAGCAUCUCCUUCAGGGUUCCAUUUGAGAGAGAAACAGAAACUCAGAAUGUUCAUGAACCCAUGGUAGUGCCUCCCCAGUGCUGGUGUGAGUAAUAUUCCUCCAUAAUUUAUGUUCUUCCAGAACCUCAGAACGUAGCCUUAUGGAAAUGGCUUCUUUAUAGAAGUAACUUAGAAUGCAGACAUGCUUGGUCAGUGUUGGUCCUAAAUCUAAUGAGUGGCAGUCUUGUGAAAAAGCCAUAUGAAGACUCAAAAUUUUUGAAAGACAGGACCAUGGAAGCAGGGGUUUCAGUGCCAUACCUCCAAGCCCUGGAAUGUUAGCAACAGAAGCUAGAGAAGCUUUCUUCUUGGGAGUUUCCAAAAUUAGCCAUCACUUGGCCAGUAUCUUGAUUUCCAAAUUCCGGUCUCAAACAUGGCAAGAAAAUCAGUUCCUAAUAUUUUGUGAACUAUUCUGAAGCAAUCUAGGAAAAUCAGCGUAGUAUAGCAGGCUCUUGGAUGCCAGUGUGUACUCAUGGCCUGCCUUCCUGGUUCUUCUGUUACAUCUCGGUACCUUCUUUGGUCAUUCUUUUCUCAUCCACUAUUCCCGAAUUUCCUGUUCCUCUUUGUCCUCACUCUGCUUCCCAUGUUUGAACUCCUUCCACUAGCCUUUCGCAUGUUGCUGUUCUUCCUAUGGAACCCUGGCCCUCAACUUACCCAACCACCUGUGCCCCUCAUUUUUCUCUCACCGAGGCCCUCUAGACAUGAAUAUUCCCUCCUAUGUCGGAUCAUGUAUUUCUUGUUUGUUUAUUUCAGCUUUGUUUGUUUCUUUGAGACUGAGCCUCACAUAGUCCAGGCUAGAUUCUGAUUGGCUGUAUAGCAGAGGAUGGCCAUGAAAUCUUGAAUCUUCUACUUCCACCUCCCAAGUGCUGGGAUUACAGGGAUGUGCCACUACCUUGGCCAAAUGGUAUUUUUACAAAACACUAUCAUAAUAACGUCUUCCAUCCAACAUGUACACAGUGUCAAUCUGACUACCCUGCUGAAAGGUGAGUCUGUGUCCCUACUCUCUCCAGGAUUUUAUCUUAGUUUCAAUGGGUAAAAUAAUAACAGAAGCAAUGUGGUGUUUGAGGCCACACUAAAAGCAAUAGAGCAUCUACAUUGCUUAUCUGAAUGCUUGUUCUUGAAGCCGUCCUCUGCCAUUUAGUAAUUCAAGUCAUGUUGAGGCCAAUAUACUAUGAGAAAAACCAAUUGAGCCAAUGCAGAGAGGCCCAGAGAUGAACAUUGAAGACAUGAAGAUUGAUCCAGGACAUCAUUCCUAUGGUUGGGAUUCUGGUUAAACCUCAUCAGCUGUAUGGAAAACUAAUUCCACAGCUACUCAGAUGAUCCUUCCCAAGUCCCUGACUUAACAUGAACCUUGGAAGGUAACAGUAACUCUAGAACAUUAAAAGUUAUCUUGAUUUGUUGUGUUGCAGCAACAAGUAACUAGAAUAUUCUCCCUCAUCUGCACCAACCAUGCCUAUUCUCCUGUGACGUAUUACUCAUGGAUUUUGCCAAGUCCUUAAACUCUAGGGGGUGGUUAGAGAUGGAAAAGAGCCACCUGCAAGCUUAGUGCUUUAGGGUGAGGUUAUGGGCCAGUUGGACCAAUCCUCCUCACCGAUGUCCAUGGGUUAGGUCUAGCCAAGAUUGGGUUAGGCAUUCCAGUGAGGAAUUCCUGCCCGGCAAUGGCAGUUUUCUCAUCUUUGGCCUGCCUUUUGUUAGGAGGUGCAUAAAAGAAAUAAAGUCUAAUUGAUGAUACUUUUGUUAGAAGGAUGCAUAGACAAGUACCAUUUACACCCAGAAAUGACACCAGGACACCUGUGCUGCUACAUCCUGGAAAAUGACACAGCAGUUCAUUCUUCCUGGUGCAAAUCAUUCAGUUUAGUCCAUCACCCUGUGAGACCUGCACCCAACCCUGUCUUACUGGCUUUGAAGACAUCACAGAGUGAGGCCAGAGUAAAAGGCAGCCCGAGGUACUCAGUGCAACACUGAACUGCCUUUCAGCUUAUGUCCAACAUGUUGCUUUCCACCCUGGCCCUGUCUAGACCAUUAGUAACUACCUUUCCUAGUAAGCAAUUCAACAUGAGUUCUGAUGUGUAAAACGGGAAUUAUGACUAUCAGCCAUGCUGGGUUGUAGUACUAGAACAUCCAUCAUGCAUAGGCUAGGCUGUGGUGCCAGUUCAGCAUUGUUUUAUGACUGAUUCUGGUUCUUAUGUCUCCGGAAACUGGCUUGAAAGCAUCCUAUAACACUUGUGCUGAAUCUGAAUGCCCACCUGCCCCACUCCCAGUAACAACAAGCUCGUGGUGGUUCUGUCACUCAGCUAUCCCCCCAUGCCUGCUGUAAUCCAUCAUGGAUGUGUCUGCCUACAACCUCCCUAUCAGAAUAACCACUUGCUGAGGGCAAGGCUGAGGACUCACUUGUAUCUGGGUCCUCUAAGAACUCAGGACCCAGCUUUGACUACUCUAAAUCAGCUCUUCAUCUUAGUGCAGCAUUCAAUGUGGAAGAUGGACAAGGCAGAGCUCAAGAAGCAGAUCUUGAUGGCCACCACAAUUUCAGCUACCAGGGGUCUGGUUUCCCUUUAGAAAUAUGGGUGAGGCUGGUCAACUGCUAACUGUAACCUGGAGUCUUCCUCUUAACAUCAGGGUUUGGAUAUAUAUAGUUCUCCAGACCUCCCUUUAUCUGACCAGCUCAAGUGUCACCCAACCUCAAGUCCAACUACUACACAAUUACAGAAAUAGGAAUGUCUCGCCUUUUAUACUUAAUACUUGUGUCUCAUAGUUCAUCCCCGGUACAAACAACAAAGUGUUUCGUCCUGCAUUCAAUAGGUGGAAACAUACCUCUGAUAUCCAUCAAGAAUUGUUCAUGCAUCAUGAACAACUUGGCCAUGAUUCUCAGAAUGACACAUGAUCCAGCUACAUUUGGCAUUUAGGAAUUGAUCUAGAAGGUAUACACACGUAAUACAAAUACAAGAUAAUUAAGCCGGGCGGUGGUGGCGCACGCCUUUAAUCCCAGCACUCGGGAGGCAGAGCCAAGCGGAUCUCUGUGAGUUCAAGGCCAGCCUGGGCUACCAAGUGAGUUCCAGGAAAAGGCGCAAAGCUACACAGAGAAACCCUGUCUCGAAAAACAAAAAACAAAAACAAGAUAAUUGACUGCACAUUUCUUUCAGCAGAAAUCAGCUGUAACUGCCCAUUAGUACAAGACUGCCACACAGUUGGGGCCCAUUAAUGCACUGGGUUUCUCAGUCAUGGGAAAUGGAUGAUCUGUGCAUCUAAUAUCCAGUCUCACCUUUGACACUCCAGUGGACAAACCCAAAAUCAAGAAAAGCUGUAUGGAAAUGGGUCAUUUGGGGAGAAAACUGAUCAAAACACUAGGGAGCACUACUCUGUGUGUCUUCUGAAUACUGUCCAUAUGAUUCUGUCUCCCAGAACAAUCACUUAAACUAUUGAGUAAAUAAAGAUCUGAGACUGGAGACUGACUCAGAUGGAUCAGA